AUGGGGGACUUGACUGGGCGCAAGGUCUUCAAGGUCUUCAACCAAGACUUCACCGUCGAUGAGAGGUACACUGUGACAAAAGAGCUGGGCCAGGGUGCGUAUGGUAUUGUCUGCGCGGCGACCAAUUCCCAGACUGGCGAAAGCGUCGCUAUCAAGAAGGUCACAAAUGUGUUUAGUAAAAAGAUCCUUGCAAAGAGAGCCCUUCGUGAGAUCAAGCUUCUCCAACAUUUCCGUGGUCAUAGAAAUAUCACUUGUCUUUACGACAUGGACAUUCCCCGUCCGGAUAACUUCAACGAGACUUAUCUUUACGAGGAGUUGAUGGAAUGUGACCUCGCUGCCAUCAUCCGCUCUGGUCAGCCACUUACGGAUGCCCAUUUCCAAUCCUUCAUCUACCAGAUCCUUUGUGGCCUCAAAUAUAUCCAUUCUGCAAACGUCCUGCACAGAGACUUGAAGCCUGGGAAUCUGCUUGUCAAUGCAGAUUGUGAGCUGAAAAUCUGUGAUUUCGGUCUGGCAAGAGGGUUCUCUCAGGACCCCGAGGAAAACGCUGGGUACAUGACAGAAUAUGUUGCGACUCGGUGGUACCGUGCGCCAGAAAUCAUGUUGAGCUUCCAAAGUUACACAAAAGCCAUCGACGUUUGGUCGGUCGGAUGUAUCUUGGCCGAGCUCCUGGGCGGCAGACCAUUCUUCAAGGGCCGUGACUAUGUCGACCAGCUGAACCAGAUUCUUCACUAUCUAGGUACCCCCAACGAGGAGACCUUGUCCCGGAUAGGAUCCCCACGUGCUCAGGAAUAUGUUCGAAAUCUCCCGUUCAUGCCCAAGAUACCAUUUCAGAGGUUGUUCCCACAGGCCAACCCAGACGCCCUCGAUCUCUUGGACCGAAUGCUGGCAUUCGAUCCAUCAUCGCGUAUUUCUGUGGAAGAUGCCCUCGAACACAGAUACCUGCACAUCUGGCAUGAUGCCUCCGACGAGCCUGCAUGUCCCAAGACGUUCGACUUCGCGUUUGAAGUUGUCGAGGACGUGCAAGAAAUGAGAAAGAUGAUCUUGGAUGAAGUCAUGAGAUUCCGCCACCAUGUCCGCCAUCAGCCUACUCAAACUCCAACGAGCGCCAAUAUGAAUGUGCCAAUUCCCGAAAAUCCAGCUCAGUGGACCAAGACUGCUGAAGAUCCAAGACCACAGGAGGCGGGCGCCUAUAUGGGUAAUGAUCUUGAACAUGAAUUGCAAGCAGGUUCGGAUCUGAUGAGACGAUAG